AUGUACGUUGAGCAACCGUUUGAUGAACUCAAAGUAUCAUCAGACAAGAGACGAGUGGCAUAUUUCUACGAUCAAGAUGUGGGCAACUACUUUUACGGCACGGGCCAUUGCAUGAAACCACAUCGAAUAAGAAUGACCCAUUCGCUCAUCAUGAACUAUGAGCUAUAUAAGAAAAUGGAGAUUUACCGAGCACAACCAGCAACAAACUUAGAGCUCACGCAAUUCCACAGUGACGAAUACAUCGACUUUAUAGAUCGAGUCACGCCGGAUAAUGUGCAUUUGUUUCCUCGAGAAGCGCACAUUUUCAACGUGGGGGAAGAUUGCCCCGUUUUCGAUGGGUUGAGUGAGUUUUGCAAGAUAUCGUGUGGUGGGUCGAUGGAAGGUGCAGCAAGACUAAAUAACGGCAUGGCUGAUAUCGUCAUCAACUACGCUGGCGGACUACACCAUGCCAAAAAAUCCGAGGCGAGCGGGUUUUGUUACACGAAUGAUAUCGUGUUGGCCAUUAUCGAGUUGCUUCGGAAACAUCCACGAGUCUUGUAUAUUGACACCGACGUGCACCACGGUGACGGUGUAGAAGAGGCAUUUUACACGAAUGACAGAGUCAUGACGUGCUCAUUCCACAAGUUUGGCGAUUUCUUCCCCGGAACGGGCGUCGUUGGAGACAUUGGGAUUGGCAAGGGGAAAUACCACUCGGUUAACAUUCCACUACGGGAUGGCAUUGAUGAUGCUUCGUACAAGUCCAUCUUUGAGCCGAUUAUACAGCACAUUGUCGACUGGUACCAGCCAUCUGCUAUUGUCCUUCAAUGCGGAGGCGACUCGUUGAGUGGUGACCGGUUGGGCUCUUUUAAUUUGUCAAUGAGAGGCCACGCAAACUGUGUGAACUUUGUGAGGUCCUUGCGGUUACCGAUGAUGGUGUUGGGAGGCGGCGGAUACACAAUUCGAAAUGUGGCGAGAACUUGGGCUUUUGAAACGGGGAUUUGCAACGGGGAAUUACUCUCGAAAGAGCUACCAUACAAUAGCUAUUACGAAUACUAUGCACCAACGUAUGAGCUCGAUGUCCGAUCAUCCAACAUGAACAAUGCAAACUCGAAGGAGUUUUUGGAUAAGCUUUUGACGCAGGUGAUUGCCAACUUGGACCAUACCAAGCAUGCGCCUUCGAUUCAAAUGCAGGAAGUGCCUCCCGAUAGAGAAGAUCUCGGCGAUGUCGAUGAGGAUAUGGCCGAAGCAAUCGAUACAAAGGGAGGCUCGCAAAUGCUGCGAGACAAGGUUGUGGAAAAAGAAGGCGAGUAUUACAGCGAUGAGCUGAAGGAUAAGGGCGAGCACAACAUUUUCGAACACCAACACGAACUGGCGACGCAGGCCCCGCGAAAGGAUGUACCCAUCAUCACCAGUGAAGAGGUGCAUGCGGCUGUUGAAGACGACACUCAAGCCGCAAGGAUUCUAUUUGAGGAUGAAAAAGCCGAAAUCGAUGCAUUGAACAGGGAUCAGGAGAUGGCAGAAGCCGCAUGA